AUGGCGGCGGUAAACAGAACUAGAAAAAUAUUUCUGAAAAUAUCAAAUUGUCGUCGAAAAUCUUCCAUCGUUUCAUAUACAAAAUAUUCUACUAAUUCUGUUCAAAGUAAUUCUCAAUAUUGUAUGAAUUUAGUCAGGCGAAUGGAUUACGAAAAUUUUCUCUGUACACUUCUUCUUCCCAAAGCAACCCGGAAUUCUGCAUUAGCAAUACGUGCUUUCAACGUAGAACUUGCACAGAUACAAGACAUGGUGACUGAAAAACACAUUGGAAAAAUGAGAAUACAGUUUUGGAAGGACACCAUGGAAAAAAUCUACAAGGGUCACCCUCCACAGCAUCCAGUUGCCCUAGCAGUGAUAGAGGCUGUUCAGAAACACAACUUAUCCAAGAUGUGGUUUACAAGAUUAACUGAUGCACGAGAAAGUAAUCUAGAAGAUAGACCACACACCAGUGUAAAAAACCUUGAAGUAUAUUGUGAAAACUCUGUAUCAUCUGUCUUGUAUCUUGUUCUGGAGGCUGCAGGUAUAAAAGAUGUUCAUGCUGAUCAUGCAGCUAGUCACAUCGGCAAAGCUGUUGGCAUUGUAACACUCCUCAGGGCAGCCCCCUAUCUUGCAAACAGAAGAAAGGUCUACAUACCUAAUGAUAUCCUUAUCAAGCAUAAUGUUUCCCAUCAAGACAUCAUCAAGGGAAGCACAGCACAGCCCGUCAAAGAUGUCACCUUUGAGCUUGCUAGCUUGGCUAAUAAUCAUCUUUCAACGGCCCAGUCUUUUAAAACUAAAAUACCAAAAGCUGCAUUCAGGGUAUUUCUUCCAUCAGUUUCCUGCCAGCAUUAUCUCAACAAAAUACAAAGAGUAGACUUUGACUUAUUUCAUUCCAGUUUGAGAGAGAGAAACCAUUUACUACCGAUACAACUGCUGAGAAAUGCUUGGACCAGAAGAUAUUAAUAAACCUGAGUAUGGAACUUUUAGGUUAUCUUAUGCUGAUUGGAUACUUUCAUCUUCAAAUUCUUUGGAAUACACCUUUUACAAAAAAGGUUGUUGGACCCAAAGGAGUAAGGCAUUAAGCAAUAGAAGAUAGGAGAUAUGCAAUAGGUGAUAGACAAUAAGGGAUAAGAGAUUAGGUCAUUCCAAGAUGCAAAAAAAGCUGGAAUGAAUUUUGUUUUCUCUUAUUUUCAAGACCAUGGAGGCUAGUGUUGUGAUAUAUUUAGUGAUACUCGUAGUGGAAGAAGCCAUUUUAAACAUUAUUGGUAUUUACAUAUGUGUCCAUAUUAAAUUAUUCCUUUCCAUCUUGGAAUGACCUAUGGUAUCUCCUAUGCCUGUUUCCUUUGGGUCAGACAACCUUUUUGAAAUAGGUGUGUAGUGGUUCGUUCCAAUGAAUGGUUGCUGUGCAUCCAGUGAACAUAUGUUCCAUGUCCAAAUCACCCCACCCCCCAUCCUUACU